CGGUGAGACAGCGAGCAAAGCUCGACGAAAGGGCCAGAGCGGCAUAACGACACAACGCAACCAACGGCACCUACAACGACGGUGGACGUCGAACCAACGGCGUCGCCGACGCCUAACAGCAGCAGCAUCAACAUCAGCAACGCUGUGAAAGCGAACGAGGAAUGAGGCAAAGCAAGCAAGCAGGCUAUGAGCGAGAGAGCGCCCGCUUGACUUGGAAGAAAGGACAACACUUUACUACAUUAUUACAUUCUCGCGCAGACGAUGCGUGUUAUCAACGAGCCCAUCGCGUGCAUAUUUCGACGUUUUUAUUGUUAUUUGCUCCAGUCGCGUACGACAUCGGCUAACGAUUAACUAACCUUUCUUAUUGACAACGGACGCGCGGAUUCUACGAUAAUAUUUUUUAUUAUUAUUUGGAGUGUACCGUCCGCGAAUCGGACUUGGCGGUAAGAGGUUAGAAUACUUCUGCGGAAUUUUCCGUGUGAUUCAUUUGUGAUGGAUUGCUUUAUUACGGAGUGAUCGUUCAUAGAACAUAGCAAGUGGUGUUCGGAAAUGGGAAAGCGGUGAUAGCGACCGGACGCCAGAAUACACGAGAAAGGCGUCUUCUGAAAUAUGACAUCGACUUGUAAACGGUGUCUGUCGACAACAAGAAAAAGAAAGCUAAAGUUUAAACGGGUUUAUCCAAAGAACCGCACUGAAUUAUUUUCGUUUUCUAAAGGAUUUUUGAAACCCAAAGCCAUACAGUGGCGGGGACACAAGUCUUAGGGGCCCAAGCGCUCAUGUCGCUGGCGAUGCCCUUUAUCGAUAACGAUCUGCUAUGGUGUCCUGACAAUGAUGGAAAAAUGGUCGACCUCUCAUCCUGCUUACAAGAUGCUGCCUCGGUUGCAGUCGGUCAACAGAAUACAGCCGUUUCGGCCGGUAGUAACUUGGGAGAAUUAUCACAGACCGACCUCACUUCUUUGGUAACAGGAUUGGGACCGGAAAAUACCCCUUCUGAUCACAUGCCCGAUACCGAGGACAUCUUUAAGCAAUUAGGCGACAGUAAUUUCGAACUCGAUCAUUUCCUCACUGAACUGAAUGCAAACGAUAUCAAGCAAGAGGAAAACAACAAUGUGCUGAAUACAUCAUCGGUACAUUCGCCGACAAACGAUGGUAGCGCGAACUCCAAUUCACAGCACAAAUCAAAUCUUCUAGAGCGUAGAAAUUCUGCAUUCAAAUUCACGAUAGCUGCCGCGAAUCCUCUCCUCGCUGAGAAAUUGGCUACACCUAGCGGUCAUUCGUCUCAAUUGGCAACUUUCAACGGUCGACCGGAGGUGGCGCCUCUUAUACCAAAAGUCGAGAAAGACAUAAACGGGGCUGAAGAUUAA